ACGUUACGGCAGGAACCUUUCUUCGUGGUCGCGCGGAAGGGGAUCAAUAACAGUGACGGACCAAUGGGAUGUAAAUAAACUGCUGUUUGACUCCACAGGCUGGUGGUGGUUAGCUGGUUAGCAUGUGGGGUGAGAUCGAGUCUCCCGAUCACAGAGAAUCUGAAGACAAGAACACACCAGAGGAACAACUGACACCUUCGCUUGGAUGCGAGUUAAAAACCGUUGCAGACUCCCGACCGCAGCACACCCAGGUGGGUCAGGCUGCCGAGUCUGACUGUGUGAGGGCCGUGGUCGAAGCUGUGGCCAGGAGUGGAAGCCAAGUGAAGAGCCAGCAGAUUGGAGAGGCUGAGCUGACCUUGGAUCAGCGCCGAGAGGAGCUGCUGCAUCAGUACAACAGCAGGCCGCUGGUGUUCAUGGAGAGGUACCAUGCGUACCUAAAACCCCAGCAUCUCUCAGCUUUUACCCAUGUGGGCUCAGACCCACGGGCCAUGCACUACAGCAGAGUGAUACAAAGACGAGCGGCAGGAAGUGCUAACAGAACCAGGGUCCGGAACCAGCGCUAUGCUGCCCUCAGAGCCCUGCAGAAGGAGGGUCAAUACUUCAGCGAGGAGCAGAUGCGGAUGAGGCAGCCGCUGUUGUAUGAGCAGUAUAUCGGCCAAUACCUGACGGACGAGGAGUUGCUGGAGCGCUCCCAAGAGGCUAUGCUAGAUGGGGCACAGGGGGGUGCAGGACAAGGGGAAGGCGUCACAGGAGGCUUGGCUCACCUCCUCCUCAACACCUACCAGGAGCGACUCAUUCAGCAAAGGCUGCAGGAGGAGCAAGAGAGAGAGGACGAUGCACGAGAGGAAGAUGAGGAUGAGGAAGAUGGUGGAAUGCAGAAGGAGUGGGAGCCAAACACAGAGGAGAAGGCUCUGCUCAGGGAGGAGUUCAUUAGCCAGAUGCACCAACACUUCCUCGAUGGAAAAGACAAGGAUUUCAACUACAGCGAGGUGGAUGAGAACCCAGAUUAUGACAACUUGGACAUCGUCAGCAGAGAUGCAGAGGAGAAGUACUUUGAUGAAGACGAGGAGGAAGAAGAUGAGGAAGAAGAUGCCGAAAAGAUGAUGGCAUAACAGUUUUUACACUCGUCUUGGACUGUAAAUACAAACUCACAAUACAAGAUUUGUACUGGUUCAUUGUUCUGCCUGAAUGUGCUCACAAUAAAGUGUUUGUGGGCCUUUG